UCACUACGUACCGGAAGACGGUGGUGUUGAUGCUAUUCGAUUUAAACGUCUCAAGAAAAGCAGUUACUAUCUUCCUUUAUUAAAUCCUGACUUUAUUAGUUUUAGUGUGUGGUGUUAAAUGUGUGACAGCGCGGACUCUAACAAUGGGAAUAAUACUAAACGCAGCGUGGUUUAUAUUCACAGCCCGGACUAUGUGGAGACCUGUGACUCUUUAUCAAAAGUCCCAAACCGAGCGAGUAUGGUGCAUUCUCUGAUUGAAGCUUAUGGCUUAUUAAAGCAUAUGAGCGUGGUUAAGCCUCGUGUGGCUACGAUGGAGGAGAUGGCAGUGUUUCAUACACACUCUUACCUCGAGCACCUGCACAAGAUCAGUCAGAAUGGAGACAAUGAUGACCCUCAGUCAGUGGAUUUUGGACUGGGGUAUGAUUGUCCAGUGGUGGAGGGCAUAUUCGAGUACGCGGCCGCUGUCGGUGGAGCCACUCUGACGGCCGCCCAGUGUCUGCUGGAUGGAAAGUGUGAAGUUGCCAUCAAUUGGGCAGGAGGCUGGCACCAUGCCAAAAAGGAUGAGGCGUCUGGGUUCUGCUAUGUGAACGAUGCUGUUUUGGGUAUCCUCAAACUCCGGGAGAAGUAUGAGAGAGUGCUUUAUGUAGACGUGGACCUUCACCAUGGUGAUGGCGUAGAAGAUGCCUUCAGCUUCACAUCCAAAGUGAUGACUGUGUCUCUACAUAAGUUCUCUCCUGGCUUCUUCCCAGGUACAGGUGAUGUGUCCGACACAGGCCUUGGAAAGGGCAGAUGGUACGCUGUUAACGUGCCUCUGGAGGACGGAAUCAGAGACGAUCGCUACCUCCAGGUCUUCACCAGCGUCAUGCAGGAAGUGAAAGCGCUGUUUAACCCUGAAGCUGUAGUGAUGCAGUUAGGGGCAGACACCAUUGCUGGCGACCCUAUGUGCUCUUUUAACAUGACUCCAUUGGGGGUGAGCAAGUGCCUUAGCCAUGUACUGGAGUGGAAGCUACCUACACUUCUGCUGGGAGGAGGUGGGUAUAACCUUGCCAAUACUGCCCGCUGCUGGACCUAUCUGACAGGGACAGUCCUGGAACAGACUCUAUCCUCAGAGAUACCAGAUCACGAAUUCUUUACGGAAUACGGUCCGGAUUAUACUCUGGAGAUAAGCCCGAGCUGCCGACCCGACCGCAAUGAGAGCCAGCAGUUGGAGCGGGUCAUCAGUACUAUCAAAGGGAAUCUGAAGAAUGUCGUUUAAGCAGUGGGCUCUAAGCUCAUGUUUCCAAAUCAGACCCUGCUCUCCUAAUGAAGACAGUAUGUGCGAGCCAUCAGCAGAGCGGAGCUUUGGAAAACAUUACUCGAAUGUUUCAGAGGAACUGUGUUUAAUGGGAAUAUGAGCGGGCCAGUGUUGGCCCAUCCGAGAUGUCUUUAGUCAAGAGCGGGUCACAAGGUGAACAGUCCACAGGAUUUUAUCAUAUUUUUAAAAAUUCCAUUGAUAUGAAUUGAAAAGUAAGAUCCUGACCUAGCAAAUCCUCUACACUUGUCAAGAAAGAAUUUUAAUGUGGAUAUUCGGUGCUUCAUUGCGUUUUUUUUGUUUUGAUAGCCAUCACUUGUUAACGUCACGGGGAGAGACGGGGUUCAAAAAUGUUGAGUAUGUUUUUAGAGUUUAGUGAAUUUGUUGUCCAAGAUUGUUUUUAUUUUCUAUGUAUUAUUUUAAGUGGUAUGCCUCUCAAUGUUCCCUGGUGAAAUGAAGUCAUUGUCAUAUAAUGCUGCCAACACACACUCAUACUCUCCAAAAACACAACAAACUGCACCACCCAGGCAUGCUCACAGAAACUGGAAGAUGGACAGAAAGGAUAGAAGGAUAAGAAUGGAGAAUGUAGGUCAACCAAACUUGUCAAAUUCUGUUUGAUGCUGGCGCCCCCUUUUACAAUAUUUUUUUCCUGUGGAUUUUAACAUUUGCAGUGUAAAUAUUUGUUUCCUAAUAAAAAUCGUAA